UUUCUUUCUUUCUUUCCUUUUUUUUCAUUCAUUCUUUCCUCCAAACGCGGCAUUCACCCACUCUCUCUCUCUCUACUUUCUUAGAUUGAUUCUUCACAUAAAACACUGUAAAGUGUAAACACUCAAAUUAUCCCUAAUUUCACUUCAUUAUUAUUUCACUGCAUACUCCGAUCAUGCUACGAUUAUGCUAUAGCCCUUUCGAUUGUUGCUUCCGGCGACGCGUCGGCGGCUCUGAUAGCCUUCUCUGGCACACUGACCUCAAGCCUCACUUCUCCGGUGACUUCUCCAUCGCCGUCGCUCAGGCCAAUAACAGCCUCGAAGAUCAGAGCCAAGUCUUUACCUCCCCCUCCGCCACCUACAUAGGCGUCUACGACGGCCACGGCGGCCCCGAGGCUUCCAGAUUCGUCAACAAGCGUCUCUUACCCUAUUUGCACAAAUUCGUCUCUGAACAAGGGGGAUUGUCAGUGGAUGUCAUAAAGAAGGCGUUCAGUGCGACGGAGGAGGAGUUCUUGCAUUUGGUGAAGCUGUCUUUACCAGUUAGUCCCCAGAUUGCUUCAGUGGGAUCAUGCUGCCUUCUUGGCGCAAUUUCUAAUAAUGUGUUGUAUGUCGCUAACCUUGGAGACUCGAGAGCUGUUCUUGGCCGGAGGGAUACAGAGAGCAAGAAUUCUCCUGUGGUGGCACUGCGGUUGUCCACGGAUCAUAAUGUAGCUGAUGAAGAGGUGAGGCGAGAAGUUGAAGCCCUCCACCCUGAUGAUUCACAUAUUGUGGUCUAUACUCGUGGAGUUUGGAGGAUUAAGGGCAUUAUACAGGUGUCAAGAUCAAUUGGUGAUGUCUAUUUAAAGAGACCUGAUUUCUUCAGAGACCCAGUUUUUCAGCAAUUUGCAACUCCUAUUCCCUUGAAGCGUCCUGUAAUGACAGCUGAACCAUCGGUCAUAAUUAGGGAGCUUGAAACAGAAGAUCUAUUUUUGAUAUUUGCAUCAGACGGCCUAUGGGAACAAUUAAGUGAUGAAGCAGCAGUUGAGAUUGUUUUCAAAUAUCCAAGAGCUGGAAUUGCCAAGAGACUAGUGAGAGCUGCACUUCAGGAAGCCGCAAAGAAGAGAGAGAUGAGAUAUGAUGACAUAAAGAAAAUUGACAAAGGAAUCAGACGACACUUCCAUGAUGAUAUAACUGUCAUUGUAAUCUAUCUUGAUCACCAUGACAGCUCCUCCUCUAAUGGAAGGUUUAAGCAAAGUGCUGUUGGCUGCACAACUGCCCCUAUUGAUAUUUUUUCCCUAAAUGCGGAUGAAGCAGAGAAGAGUAUGCUUGGUGCGAUGGCCUAAGAUGUGCAUUCCUUCAAAGAAUCAUACACUGACAUCAUUUGGGAUAAAAGUUAUUAAUUGGCGAAGAUUGGUAAAUGAAAUGAAUUCUUACCUAAGAUGCAUAGUAUUAUCAGAUAUAGUAGUAACUGGAACUGCUGACAGAUUCGUGCAGAUGCGGAUAAGCAUAUGUAUAGUUUAAGUCUUUUUCUUUUCUUUUCUUUUUUUUUUUUGUCUUUUUUAGGUUUGAUAUCAAUUUUGUUUUUUCUCCAGAUUUGGAUAGAAAGAAAUAAAAUUUGUAUUGAUUGGUUAGUGAUGA